AUGUCUUCUCUAUCUGAUUUCGAGAGUAACGAUACCGUCUUGGUUGGCUCGGGAGAUAUUCGCGACUUCAAUUCAGACAACAUCCUUCCACUGCCAACUGCAGACCUGGAUGAGAUCAGACAAUGGCUCCAGCCAACUCCGUAUGAUCUGGAACGAAGUGAAUAUUCCAGACAUCGCGCAUCUCAUCCAGUGGGGACGGGCGAAUGGCUCACUUCCACGAAAACGUAUCAGCAGUGGCACUCCGGCGAGAAUGGACUCCUAUGGAUCAAAGGCAUCCCCGGCUCGGGGAAGUCCGUCAUGACUGCUUCGAUUAUCGACCAACUGCGCAAGGAAGAAGUUCCAGUCAUAUAUUUCUUCUUCCGACAGAUCAUUGAUGCAAACCAUAAGCCUAUCGCCGCGUUGCGUGACUGGCUGUGCCAGAUUCUGAAUUACAACCCUCCACUCCAGGUCAAACUGAAGGAGUACAUUGAUAACCGUCGGUCGAUUGAGAGUCUCUCUCCAGGCGACCUCUGGAAAGACCUCAAGCUGGCCCUAGAUUCAUCUCCUAAGGUUUACUGCGUCACGGACGCCUUGGAUGAGAUGGAUAACGGGAAUGACGGGUUCCUCCAUUCCUUGGUAGAGUUGGGCCAGUGGCGUCCUUCAAAUAUCAAAGUCUUGAUCACUUCACGCCCAGUAGCCUCUUUGGAGGCUCCCUUGCGAACAUUCCCCUUUCUCCAGAUUCGAUUGGAAGAGCGACUGGUAGAUCUCGAUAUUGCGGCCUACGUCCAGCACAAGCUUCGGAACUCGCCUAUUCCCAAAGAGCACUGGAAUAUCAUAGAAGAGGCAAUUCCCGGUCGGGCAAAUGGCCUGUUUUUAUAUGCAAGACUUUCGAUGGAAGCGUUCCUCGAACCGGGUGCUGAUGUGCACGAAGUCCUCAAUGCUCUGCCUACUGACCUCAACUUAAUGUAUAAUGGAUUGUUACGGGAACAUGCAAAGCGCUCAAACAUAUCUGAUGAAAUCCAGCUUCUCGUCCUGCAGUUUGUUACUCAUGCAACACGCCCUCUACGUCUCCUUGAGAUAGCUGAAGUGAUGAACACUGUACACUUUUCAAGUGGCAAUAACAGCCUAAAAGAGACCAAAGAGCUGGUUAGAGCUGCUUGCGGCCCACUUCUGGAGAUUCUGCCGAAUGAGACGGUCUCGGUGGUUCACCAUUCAUUCACCGAGUUCCUCAAGGGAUUCACCCGAUGCAGUGACUCGGACGAUUUCGCAUAUCCAGUUCUUCAUUCUGGGUCAACGAAUCAAUGCCUUGCUGUCACAUGCUUGAAUUACCUCAGGUCUGGAUGCCUCGACAACCAGACGGUCAAAAAUAGAAGCGACGACGAUGAUUUAUACCAUCCUAAAAAAGCAGACCAAAGUGAACUGUGGCUGCAAUUCCCAUACUUAGAAUACGCCGCAAAGAAUUGGUAUAAACACACCAUGCGUGCAGCAAGUUCCGGUGCAAACAUGUCCCACAUCUACGAUAUUCUUGACACAUUCUUUGUGGAAAAGCAUAGAUUUAAUGUGUGGCUGGAAAUUGCCUGGCCCACCUCGUCUAUCAAAGAUGUCACGCCACUUCAUGUUGCUGCCCGGACUGGAUUGGCUCAGUACAUAGUGCACUUGCUACAAACGGAAGAUAUCGAUAUAGAGACACAGGACUGUGACCACAAUACGCCUCUGUAUUGGGCUGCAACUUACGGUCACACAGAAGCUGUUCAGGUUCUUCUUGACAACGGGGUCGACUCCGACGCGGAGCAAAACCAGGGCCUGAGACCGCUGCAUCAAGCCGCCAGAAAUAACCAUGCUGAGGUUGUUGAGAUAUUGCUGGCUGCCGGAGUUGACCCACUUACUCCUAAGACCAGAGAUACGCCGGGGAAUUGGUGUGGAAAUGCGCCGACAUCAUACGGACACACGCCACUGAUGUAUGCAUGUCAUUAUGGCCAAGUUUUUACCAUUCUUGAAAGAUCUCUCAGUUGGGCAGCAGAAGAAAGUCGUGCGGAAAUUGUGGAUUUGAUCCUCCAACAUUCUGGUGUGGAUGUCAAUGCGAAGUGGCGCAGAGCCACUGCCCUUUUCAGAGCGUGCAAAGCCGGAGACUUCAAGACAAUUGACGUGUUGUUGAAAGCAGGAGCGGACCCAAACAUAGCUUGCGCCGAUGCUGAAGAUGAGUCUGGUGGAAUUUCAUGGGUAUUUUUCGACAAAAGGCUUCACUGUCACCAGGAGCCGAAAGGGUUUACAGCGCUACACUCCCUGUGCAAAGGCAACAGACAUUCGAAUCCAAGCCCGCCGGAGUGUGCGGAGGUUUUGCUCAACGCGGGCGCUGAUGUCCAUCUGAAGACUCCAGAUGGAUCGACAGCUUUGCAUUAUGCUUGUGAAUAUAGCACCAACCUGGUCAAGCCUUUGUUGGAGGCGGAUGCAGAUCCUACCAUGGAGAAUGAUGCUGGAGAGACACCUCUCCACACAGAUGGCAAAACAGAUAAUGAGCUGUUGCCCUUGCUUCUGGGAACAGGAACCGUGGAUAUCAACAGGCCUAGAAGUACGGAUGGCAGGACACCGUUAAUGUGCCGUCUCAUGGGAAUGUAUAGUGAAUCAAUUGUUGCAUUUUUGAAAUACAAGCCCGAUGUCAACGCUACUGACAUUGAAGGAAAUGGUGUUCUACAUGUUGCUCUGAAAGGUAGGUCUAUUGAAACCAGCGUGAUUAACGCUCUACUGUCUGCCGGGGCCGAUCCGAACCUGAAGAACAGACACGGCAAUACACCAUUCCAUGUCAUGGAAUAUAAUGUGAAUGGUCUUAGAGAGGGAACGCCAGAGAUUUUUGAGAUGCUCAUCAACCAGGGCGCCCGAACUGAUACUCGUGAUUACAAAGGCCGAACUCUAUGGCAUCAUGGAUGCAAGAAGAGGAAGCGCCUAGACCAUCUGAGAAGCCUAGGCCUUGGGCCGAUCGUGACAGACUACGAAGGAAACACACCAUUGCAUGAAGUUGCCGCCGCGGAGUCUUAUUCCAACAAGCUGGAAUCUAUAAAGCAUUUGAUGGGCUUGGGCUUGAAAAUUGAUCAACCAAAUCACCGAGGAAGAACUGUCCUGCACUUCCUGUGCUCUGGGACCGACGAUGAAUCCAAAUCGUCCAAGAAAGACCAGCCACUUGAUUAUGUUCUCGCAGUGUCCAAAAACGUGAGCCCUAGUGAUAUUGAUGGGGUUGAUCCACUACAUCUUGCCAGUACAAUUUCUGAAAAUUUUGUUUUCAAACUUCUCAAUGCUGGUGCAGAUUUGUUUGCUGCCACCCAUGAAGGCAUGACAGUACUUCAUCUCGCAGCCCGAGCACGUAAAUCCGGCAUUGUGGAUAUGAUUCUAUCUCGACUUGGCAUACUGGAAACAAAGGACCGCAUGGCGUUUGUCAAUCAGAAGAACUGCAAAGGAGAAACAGCCCUACAUUACGCUUGUCGCUCCGGUCGUCCUGAAACUGUCAGAUCGUUUCUUGAAGCAGGUGCAGAUCCUAAUUUGCUAGACAAUUCUCAGAACUCACCCUUCACCAUGUGUGCCGAUUUUGAGAAUGAACAAGAGUUGUGGCGCAAUGGUCAGCAGUCACAGGUUGAAGGCCUCGAUGCAGCUGGUUUAUUGCUUGAAUAUCGCACACACCCGUUGAAUGAUAGGAAUCACGGAAUUGAUCGAUAUGGCUUCGACCAACUUAAAACAGAACACGAUACAGCGCGACUGGAUGAGAUCAUGAAUUUACUUAUCCAGUAUGGUGCUGUAAUCACUGGGGCCCGUGGUUGUCUUCAAAGGGUGUGGCGGGCGGCGAUGCUGCCUCAUUUUGGCUAUACCAUCGACUGUAUUUUGCAUCUGGGGAAUCGUAUGAUUGAUGAAAAGAUCAUCGCAAAUUUGCACCGUGGCACGGGCUUCCUUAUUGCUAGCUAUUGUCGCAAAGCGGCAAAAGAGGCCUUGAAAGAAAGCGCCAGGCCCGGACACGGUGAGAAAUGGUCCGAGAGUCGAGCUUCGUCCGCACAGCGAAGACUUCUGGAGAGUGCAUUGGCCAUGAGGCAGUAUAAUCUAUUUGAAGAAAUAGCCACGGAUAGUGCCUGUCUCAUCGUGCCCGAUUACCAGGGAAGGACUGCCUUGAAUGACUUGGUCUACUGGGGCUAUAGUGACAUAUUGGCACGAGUCUGCACUCGGGAACUUGCAACUAAACUUGAUGAUUAUGAAUGGUGCAAGAAAGCGGAAGCAGCAGAAGGCCUCAGCAGCGAUUUCAUUUCACCGUUAAUGGUAUCCGCUUGCACGCGUCGACUUCCCAACAUGGACGUGUUGAAGCAACUUGUCGAGGACUUUGGUGUUAGUAUGGAUGCCCAAAGCAGAGAGCGUGUGUAUCAUGGAAGUGAAUAUCGGGUUUUAAUGACCAUGGGCACUCUUCAUUACCUCGCCACUGGAAAGUGCUGGUGGUAUGUCGACAGAGCCCUGCCGUAUUUGAUACAGAAGGGUGCCAAUCUCGAGCUGAGAAACCAUGUUGGAGCAACACCCCUCCACAUUGCAUUGACAUCCACAGAAGUCUUUUGCAAGCAAGCUGCCAAAAUUUUCAUUAAGGGCGGUGCAGAUGUCAAUGCCGUAGACGACGAUGGCAAUACAUGCCUGUCAAAGGCAGGCGAUGACUUGGAUCUGAUCAAGCUUCUCAUUGCGCAUGGUGCGCAAGUCAGCGCAGCAGCCAUAAUAUCUGUGAUUAAGCUUGGGCAGGUUGAAAUACUGGAACUUCUGCUUUCUCAGGGCGAUUAUGCCAACCUCAGGCCGCCCGGACCUACAAAGCCCAAGUAUGAUGACUUCAGCCGUAGUGGCAUUACCGAUUCCGAAAUGUUUCCGCUGUUUUAUGCAUCUAGCUAUCGACACCCUAAGACCCCAAAUCUUGAGGCAACGAAGGCGCGGAUGAUGGCAAUACUUCUCAAACACGGCGCAGACCCAUUUGCCACCUUUGUCAAAUAUACAAAACAGCCAAGGCCUCAUGAUAAGUCGACCGAAGAGCCAACCCCAGAAUUACCAGCAAAAAGCUACACAAUAAUCCAUAAAAUCCUAAGCUCGGGAGAUAUAUUUGAGCCAUUCUUCCAGAUGCCAUCUCUGGACCUUGAACGUCGAGACCAAAGUGGCUGCACUCUGCUGUUAGCUGCAUCCAAGAAUCACAAGACAUUGGUCUUUCAAGAGCUUAUUGACCGUGGAGCCAAUAUUAUGGCGCAAGACGACGAUGGAAAAACCAUUCUCCAUCUCAUAGAGAAUUUCAAGCCCGACGCCGAUUUCGUUGAGACCCUCAGAGCUGUCAUCAUCAACAAUCCCAGCCUCGUCCAUCAAACCGAUCGGGCUGGCGACAAGCCUCUCCACUACGCACUGCGUCACCGCGCCUAUGAUUACGUCGACCUACUUCUAGAGAAUGGAGCCGAUCCCGCCCAGCCAGACUCCAACGGAGACACGGCCCUUCACUAUAUUGCUAGUCGAUUUAACAAUCUUGCGUUGUUCAAGCAAUUUCUAGCUGCUGGAAUAGACAUCAACGCCCGAAACAACCAAGGUGACACGCCACUCUUCAAGUACAUCGAGGUCGGUUUUGGAUCGAGCUGCCGCGGUGGAAUUUUUGGCUUUGAUCUCUCUUUCAAAUACACGAGCGAUGGAGAGUUCAAUGACCCUAUAUUCAAAUUCUUCAGUGAGGCAGGAGCUGAUUUCUUUGCGCGAAACAACGCGAAGUCGUCUUUGCUUCAUCUGCUAGCCGCUAUCAAGGUCGGCACUAGAUUCCGCAGCAAAAAUGCUCGACUGGCAAUUGUGGAGCGGUCCAGACAUUUGAUGGAUUUGGGAUUGGAUCCUAUGGCUGAGGAUAUAAGACAGCGAACUAGUUUGGAUGUAGCUGCUGCGUGUGGGAGUGAACAUAUUCAGAAGUUGUUUGAGCGGAAGCCGAUGGAGUAG